UAGUCGUAGAGUAUGGACCUUUUUGCCCGUCAUGCAGUGUUGAGCAGUCGACAGGCUUGUCGUGCGCGUGGCACUUGAUCACCGAGGCAGUCUUCGGCACACGCCGAUGUUUGCUCACACACAUUUCAAAUGUCCUUUCGCCAUAUGCCAACCAGCGAAGGGCUGUUGCAUUUCCAAAGAGCCUAAUGAGCGUCGCGACAUGCGCAGAGGCGUAGCGCGCGCAAGUUUACGCCAAUCCGAUGAUUGAUUACAGACUCGGGUCGGGGUGGCGCAUGUAAAGCGCCACCCGAUUGGCUUGUCAAACUUUGACAGGUUGUUGACGCGCAGGCUGUUGACACGAAAAUCCAUUGACGGGACGGUACGAGAGGGAAAGUAACGUAUGCCGCGAAAGCUCAGCCCGAUAUGCUUACUUGAUAUUGAUUAAGGGUGAGUGCAUGAAAGUUAAACUCACCCGUUCGACACCUCUCCCGCACGUGCACGCCACAAAAGGAGGGUAUUUAAGGGCCGUUUGUCCGGGGGAACUUUAGAUUAUCAACUGACGAGGACCCAACGCUUGACUUUAUUUGCUGCCGGAACUCUCAGGACUCUGCCGCAGUCGACCGGACGGAAGCGAACGAGUAGGCCGGGGAGAUUAUGCUUCUAUCGCACGAGAGAGCACAGGAAAUGUCAGCGAGCACGGCAAACACACCACCGCCGCCAAACGGCUUCCCCGUUCGGGCAGUAUCGAGCUGCUCGCCCGCUGGGUCCGACUCCGGAGCUGAAUUCAGCGAUGACUCCAUGUCCGUGGACUCCACGGCUGUGCCGUGUACCGGACCCCCAUCUCCGCCCUUGCAAAGCUCCGACCGCAGGGAGGAGGACCAAGAGGAACUCGGAGACUACGAGAACUGGAGCUCCCAAGCAGGAGGGAAAAUAACCCAUCAGAAACAUUUGGGAGAAAUCCGCAGCACCUCUCGCAACUCCCACUCCAGUCGCAAGCCUCCACUACAAACCAAACUCCUGAGCGAAGAGGACAUGCACUGCCUCCGCCUGAAGAUCAACAGCCGCGAACGCAAGCGGAUGCACGAUCUGAACACAGCCCUGGAUGGUCUGCGGGAAGUCAUGCCGUACGCUCACGGACCCUCGGUCCGCAAACUCUCAAAAAUUGCAACUCUACUCCUCGCCAAGAACUACAUCCUGAUGCUCUCCACCAGCGUGGAAGACAUGCGGAGGCUUCUUGGAGAGAUGUACCAAGGAGUGCACCCACCACCACCACCCCAGUCCAUGAGUCUCGGUCAUCAGUCGGGGCCAUUACCCCCAACCCCGACUCGUCCGUACUUCCCCACAUCACCAACACCCAUCGUACCGAAAUCCUUACUCCUUUCCACUCCACUGUGCUCCACAAGCGUCUCCACGCGGCAUGAGAAAGCCUCCCUGUCGCCAACAAAUUCCUCGGGGUUCCGGACUUACACCGGCACGAGCCAGGAGCGACCAGGGCUGGCAACGCUCCCUGCCCCGCCAACCAACUCAUCAACUCUCGGUCUCUACAACGGCUGGCCUUUGCCGUGUUCUUGCGCCCAGUGCAAGACCAACCCAGCCGGCAGCUGCGUGGCCGCUCAACACCGCCUGCCCGGCGUGUCAGCGUUCUCUGCCGCAGAACUGAUCAGACCGACUAAAUGAACGCUAAAAUGAACUGUUUAAAUAUUGUACUAUCACUGUAUAAUAAUUUUGAUCACUGUUUUCUAAAACAUGGAAUGUAUACAUUGAGUCCCCCAUUGUAUAUAAAUUUGAAAGUUUUCAGUUACAAGAAUUCUGUCAAAGUUGUUUCAUUAUGUUAUCAUCUUUACAAUAACCCUCACAUCACAAAGUUUGUAAGGC